UUAUUAUUAUAUAACACAUCCACUACACACACAAAAGGUAGAAGAAAGAUUUAAAAAAAUCUGAUCUAAGUUUGAAGCAGUCUCAACAAUGACCAAUCUUCUGAGCAGCCUUCUUGUAAUAAUGGUGAUGGUUAUUUCCUCUAGUGCCCAUCCCGGCGGCCUUUCGCCUUUCUUCUAUGACUUCUCGUGCCCGCAUGCCACCGACAUUGUCUCAUCUGUCUUAGAGAGAGCCAUCCUCGAAGACCCGAGGGUGGCUGCCUCUCUUCUCAGGCUCCACUUCCACGACUGCUUUGUCCAGGGAUGCGAUGCAUCGAUUUUGCUUGACAAGACCCCGACGAUGGCUAGUGAAAAAGACGCGGGGCCGAACAAGAACUCCGUCAGAGGAUUUGAAGUAAUUGAUGAGAUCAAAGCAAAGGUGGAGCAAGUGUGCCCUCACACUGUUUCCUGCGCAGAUAUUCUUGCCAUAGCUGCCCGCGAUUCCGUACUUAUGAGUGGAGGUCCUUAUUGGGAAGUUGCUUUAGGAAGGAGAGAUUCAAAGACAGCUAACUUCAAGGAAGCUAACACCAACAUUCCUCCUCCAAACUCCACCAUCCAAAAUCUUUUGUCCCUCUUCAACCGCCAAGGCCUUGACGAACAAGAUCUUGUCGCUCUUUCUGGUGGGCACACCAUAGGAGUCGCGAGGUGCGUGACAUUCAGGCAACGAUUGUACAACCAAAACAACAACAACCAAUUCAAUGCGCCUCUCGAGAAGGCGUAUUACAAUAACUUGAAAGUGUCGUGCCCUCCGAGCGGAGGGGACAACAACAUUUCACCCCUCGACGUGGCGUCUCCUCUCAGAUUUGACAACACAUACUUCAGGCUCUUGCUCUCGCACAAAGGCCUUCUAAUUUCUGAUGAAGCCCUUCUUGCUGGAAAUGUGGGGAAGAGGGUUGAGCUGGUGAAAGCAUAUGCCAACGAUGAGGCGCUUUUCUUCCACCACUUUGCGGGUUCUAUGCGCAAAAUGGGAAACAUCAAUCCUCUUGUUGGACUCAAAGGCGAAAUCAGGCACAACUGUCAUCGUGUCAAUUGAUGAAUAUAAAUAUUGUGGUGUGGUUGUUUAAUUAGGGUAAAGGGCAUGUUUGAGUUUAAUUUAGUUUUAAUGUAUGUGGAUUUAAUUAUCAGUUUGACUUGAACUUAUGUACGGAGUAACACAUUGUAUGUGGUGUGCCAUUUGGAAAUGAAAUUCUAUCAUUAUU